CUGAAGCCCAGCAAAGAGCCCAGGAUGUUCCUGAAGGCUGUAGUCCUGACCCUGGCCCUGGUGGCUGUCACCAGUGCCCGGGCUGAGGUCAAUGCUGACCAGGUGGCCACUGUGGUGUGGGACUACUUCAGCCAGCUGAGCAACAAUGCCAAGGAGGCUGUGGAAAAUCUCCAGAAGACUGAACUCACCCAGAAACUCAACGCCCUCUUCCAGGACAAACUUGAGGACGUGAACACAUACGCGAGUGACCUGCAGAAGAAGCUGGUGCCCUUCGCCACGGAGCUGCAUGAACGCCUGACCAAGGACUCGGAGAAACUUAAGGAGGAGAUUCGGAAGGAGCUGGAGGAGCUGCGGGCCCGGCUGCAGCCUCACGCCCACGAGGUGAGCCAGAAGAUCGGGGACAACAUGCGCGACCUGCAGCAGCGCCUGGGGCCCUACGUGGACGAGCUGCGCACCCAGGUCAGCGCGCAGGCCGAGCAGCUGCAGCGCCAGCUGGCGCCCUAUGCGCGGCGCGUGGAGGACGUGCUGCGUGAGAACGUGGACAGCCUGCAGACCUCCCUGGCGCCCUACGCCGACGACCUCAAGGCCAAGGUUGACCAGCACGUGGAGGAGCUCAAAAGGCGCCUCACGCCCUACGCCGAGGAGCUCAAGGUCAAGAUCGACCAGAACGUGGAGGAGCUGCGCCGCAGCCUGGCUCCCUAUGCUCAGGACGUCCAGGAGAAGCUCAGCCACCAGCUCGAGGGCCUGGCCUUCCAGAUGAAGAAGAAUGCCGACGAGCUCAAGGCCAAGAUCUCGGCCAACGCUGACGAGCUGCGGCGGAAACUGAUGCCGGUGGCAGAGGACGUGCACGGCAAGCUGAGGGGCCACGCCGAGGGGCUGCAGCAGUCGCUGGCGGAGCUGAGCGGCCACCUGGACCGGCAGGUGGAGGAGUUUCGCCGCAAGGCGGAGCCUCACGGGGAGACCUUCAACAAGGCUCUGAUGGAGCAGAUGGAAGAGCUCAGGCAGAAGCUGGGCCCCUACGUGGGGGAUGUGGAAGGCCACUUGAGCUUCUUGGAGAAGGACCUGAGAGACAAGGUCAGCUCCUUCUUCAGCACCCUGGAGGAGAAAGAGAGCCAGAACAAGCCCCUUGCCCUCCCCGAGCAGGAGCAGGAGCAGGCACAGGGGCAGAUGCCAGCCCCCAUGGAGAGCUGAGCUGCCUCUGGUGCUCUCGUCCCACCGCUGCAGACACAUGCCCUGCCCCGCCACUUGUUUGUCUGUCUGUCCCAAAGCAAUUCUUCUAUAAGCUUGAGGACACAUGUCCAGUGGGAGGUGACACCACCUCUCCCUACUCAAUAAAGCCUCUGGGAAACUA